CAUACAACUAAAAAGACUAUCACAUACAUGACCCGGUGCUUUGUUUCCCAACGUCGUCCCUCACUUUCGCCUUGUCAUUUGCUCGCUAGUUUCCUUGGUUGAAUGUGGCGCAGACGUCAGCCAUAAGGGGCUUAGCGGGUCACAGACCCCUACGAGGGGCAAGGCUCGCUGGUGGACAAGGAGCAGGAGCGAAUCGGCAUCGCUGCAGGCACUGGUGAACGAUCGCGAUUUGCAUCAUGAACGAGCAAAUCGUUGGCGGGAAGUAUCGCUUGGGCCGAAAGCUUGGAGGUGGCAGCUUCGGAGAAAUUUUCCUCGGAACAAACCUUCAAACUGGCGAAGAGGUCGGCGUGAAGCUGGAGCCGGUAAAGGCGCGCCAUCCCCAACUACUAUAUGAGUCAAAACUAUACAAAAUCCUGCAAGGCGGUGUGGGCAUCCCCAACCUGCGCUGGUAUGGCAUCGAGGGCGAAUACAACGUCAUGGUCAUCGACCUGCUCGGUCCCAGCCUUGAGGACCUGUUCAACUUCUGCGGGCGGAAAUUCUCGGUCAAGAGCGUGCUCAUGCUGGCGGACCAGAUGAUCUCACGCGUGGAGUACCUGCACUCGCGCAGCUUCAUCCACAGAGACAUCAAGGUCCGUUCAACGUGUUGUGCACGAGUUUUGCGUGCUGGGGCCGGCCCAUUUACUCGGCUAUGGGUUGGUUCAGGCGCGGUGUGGAACUGGGUGUUUAGCCUAGCGUGCUGCUGCCGGGGCAUCUAGGUUCGCUGAUCGCAUCUCAUAACCAAAUUCAGCACCGGCGGAGAGAGGCGCUGCAAACCUGGUUGGUUGCGCAGGGAGGUUGACGGCGCAAUUUGCCGCUUCGUCCUCCUCCUGGGCUUCCUCCUCGGCGAACGGUUCUGCAUUUCUACUUCUCGCUCGCAGCAUGCGCCUAGUGCCUUAAGGUCGUUCAGCGCGGCUUGUCGGUUGUCAGCCACAGAUGCUGUGCCGAUAAACAAAGCGGGGUAGGGAUACGAGUGAAUGCAAGGAUUGCUGUGAUGGUCAGUGGUGGUGGACAUCCCGAACUUGUGCUCUAAUUUACGCUCGUGGGUGAGCGCAUGCAGGGACGUAACUGCCGAGGGUUGAAGAGGUAGCGAGGCGAGGAUACUAUGUAGCAUGGAGGCUUAGCAGCUUGCAGACAGCUAGCGAUGCCGGUGCACGCCACGGAUUGGAACCUGGAUCGGGACUGGAUCGACUGGCACAUUGUUCGACUUGAAACUUCAAAGCAUUCUCGA